AUUAUUACUAUUAUUAUAUGCAGGAACAAGAGGAGACCUGAGAGCAAAAUCGCCAUGGAAGCAGUGGCACUAAGCAGCUUAUCAGCAAGACUAGCAAUUCCGAUUCGAAUCAGCACUUACUUUACCCGCUCUUUCGUUAAGCCUCUGUUCAUUCCGUUCAAUUUCAGAACAAUCAAAGCCUCUAAAUCACCUGAUUCCUCUUCCGCUGUCGUCGACGUCGAAACCAAACAUGAUUCACUCUUGGAUGGCAGAGAAGUUAUCAACAGAACGAAUAUCUUAGCUUGUCCAGUUUGUUACAAUCCAUUGUCUACCAAACCUAAUCCAACAAGAUCUGUUGAACAGGAACGAGGGUCUAGUUUAAAUUGUAACAUAUGUAAGAAGUCUUAUUUUGGUAAUGGGACACAUAUUGACUUGACUGUUAUUGGUGGGGCAAAAGAAUAUGGCGAAACUAUGCCAGCUUCCACAGAGAUUUUUAGGACACCUUUGGUUUCAUUUCUUUACGAGAGGGGUUGGCGACAAGGUUUUUCAAUAUGGGGUGGUUUCCCUGGCCCUGAGAAGGAGUUUGAACUAGCUAAAGAAUACCUGAAACCAGUUUUAGGGGGCAAUAUCAUCGAUGCAAGUUGUGGUAGUGGAAUGUUCUCAAGACUUUUUGCCAAGAGUGGACUGUUUUCUCUUGUUGUUGCUUUGGAUUAUUCAGAGAACAUGCUGAAGCAGUGCUAUGAAUUCAUUCAGCAGGACAAUAAUUUUCCAAAAGAGAACCUAAUCUUGGUUAGAGCCGAUAUUUCGCGACUUCCAUUUACUUCAGGCAGUGUAGAUGCUGUGAAUGCAGGUGCUGCCUUACAUUGUUGGUCUUCUCCAUCUACAGCAGUAGCUGAAAUAAGUCGAGUUUUGCGUCCUGGAGGUGUUUUUGUUGCUACAACCUUUAUAUUAGAUGGCCCUUUUACCGCUUUUCCAUUGUUGAAGCAUAUUCGCCAGAACAUUGGAAAAUUCUCGGGUAGCCAUGUGUUCAUUGCUGAAAGGGAGCUUGAAGAAUUGUGCAAUUCAUGUGGACUUGAGGGCUUUACUUGCACAAGAAACAGGCGAUUUGUAAUGCUUUCUGCUAGAAAGCCCAGCUGAUAUCUACUUGAGCACAUAAGAUCUCUUUAUGAGGUAACCAACAUUCAUUGGGUGGAUUAAUGAGAAGUUCAUUGCUCAUUUAAGUUCCCAUUACAUUUUCUUGCUUUACUUGUGUUUUGGGUAUUUGAUCAACACUUUUGUUGUUUUGUUGAACUUCUUGAUUAAUUAAAGACUACAUCUUUAAC